GAGGGCGCUCCGGCUCUGCCGCGGGGUGGGAUGCGGCGGUGGCGAGCGGGGGGAGCUGCUCCUGCUCCGGCUGCUCCUCCGGCUGGGUGGCGGCGCGGGGGAACAAUGGGCUCCUUCUCCGCGGCCCUCAGGGGGGCCGUGGCGUAAGGGACGAGGGGAACCGCGGCUCCGCGCCUGAGGAGCACCAUGAGCUCCGCCGAAAUUAAGAAGCCACCAGUGGCCCCCAAACCAAAAUUUGUCCUAGGACACAAGGCAGCGCCUCCACCUGUUGCACCGAAGCCUGAUCUUGUACUUCCUGGUGGGAUACAAGCAGCAAGGAAAACCAAGCCAGCAAUUGCACCGAAACCAAAGGUUCUCAAGAGCUCCUCCAUCCCGGAAGUUAAACCGCCAUCGUCUACACGGAAAAGCACAAAAAGCUUUGAGGAGCACAGGGAAGAUUCUUCUCAAACUCUAGACCAUUUGAACUAUAAAAAUGAAACCUCAGAAGGGAGUACUGGAAACACAGCAUAUAUUCUACCUGUGUCACCUUGCAAAUUUGAAUGCCUUCAUAAACUUGGAAAUGCAGAGAACACUUGUAAAACUCAGAUAAUUCUUGAGCACUUCGACACCUUAGAGAACAUCAAGCUUGGUGAAAGAAAUGCACUACCUCUGGGGGAUAGUCACAAUGAAAAAUUGGCAAGUAGAAGUCAAGUGGUUUUGAAAGCCAGCAUUUUGGAAGAGAAACUUAAGGAUGUCCUAACUCAUGGUGUAUUUCCUAGCAGCAGUCCUGUGAGGCAUAGGUAUGCAGACAAAUUUGACAAAGGGGAUGACAGCAGCUCUAAGAAUGAUGUUAAAAUAGAGUUUAUGGAACUUGUACAAUCUUCAUCAUCUUCUGAGGUAGCUAAAGGGAAGCAACAAAAUGCUGAUGGUAAGAUUAGUGCUGAUGGGUUUCAGAUGUCUGAAACUUGUCCUGGUUUGACUGAAAAUAAUCACAGUUGUUAUUCCCCAUUGGACAAGGAAACUCUAGAGAAUGAAAAUUUAAGUAGCAAUAGGAUAUUUUCAGGUGAAGUAGGGAUGAAAGCAGAUGCUGAUAAAACCUCCCCUGAAAUAUCUUCAGUCCUGAGCUCCAAAGUGCUUCCUAUCCCUAAGCCAAGAAAGCCACGUGCUGCAUGUCUAGUCCGUCAGGAUGGCAUAGACAGCACAGGAGAAGGAACAAAGGAACCAUCUGUUUCAGAGAAAGAUUCUUAUGGUGUUGUGGACCAAAGCUUAAAAAAGCCAACAAGAAUUUAUGUCCUUGGUCAAAGUGUUUGUUAUAACAAUAAUGCAGAAGUGUUUCAUCCUGAAAAAUGUGAGGUAACUCAAAGCAAUGCAGAAAAAAUACCUCAGGAAAAGGAGACUGCUGUGAAAGAGCCUUCACACAACCUUUUGCCUCAGUUUUCACACAGAAGUCCUGAUUUGGUGAGACAUGUUGAGGCUUCUUUAAAUGCAGACCAUAACUCCAUGGAUGAGAUAAAAGAUGACACCAGUAUGCCAGAUGCUAUGGACAAAAGGACUGACUUUGUCAGGUGUGAUAUCCUGUCCAUGAGUUUGCCAAAGCAGCUCAAAUUGGCAAGCAAUCAGCAGUCAUCUGCUUCCUACAGCCUCCAUGUUUCCCCACAAUACUUGGAAAAUAAAGAAGUUAAAAUAAAGGAUGAGAGUUCCCCAAAAGUUAUUCCUAAGAAACCACAGAGGCAUGGCCUUCCAGCUGCUGGCUUGCUGAAAAAAGCUGCAUCAGCAGAGCUUGUGGACAAAAGUUCUUACACCUCCAGUGAGGACAAAUCAAACAGCCUUCUAGAAGGAUCUCACUUCGCACAUCCACGAGCUAAGGAGCAGGAUGCGCUUUCAUCCUGUGACAUACCCAAACUUUCUUCUGAAAAACCCGUCUGGAAGUUACCUCAUCCUAUUCUUCCGUUUUCAGGAAAUUCUGAAUCAUUAAAAACUGCUACCAGCUUCAGCCACUUGACUGUUGUGACAAAGCCUAGGGCCAAGUCUUUGUCUGCUGUGGACAUAGACAGGACAGACAAGUCCUGCAAAGACCAUCACAAGAAAAAUAGCUUGAAAAAGCUUCUGAACAUGAAACUGUCGGUUUGCUUAAAGAAAAGUGACUUCCAAAAAUUUCUGUCUAAAGGCGGCCAGUCAGUUGAGAGUGCUGUUGCCAGCCUUUCUAAUGGGGAUGGGUGUGGAAAUAACAGCAGGAAUAUAGGGUUUCUAGGCAGUGAAAGGAAAGCUAAAUCUGCCAAGGUGCAUUCCUUAGAAAUAAAUAGUCUGGCAUUACAGAAGAAGAGGCAGAGAAACAGAAGUCAGCCUGAGAUGCGAAAUAACCAAAGGCUGGAGUCUUUAGAAAGGCAUGGACUUUUGGGUGAGGAUUUGUCCCAAAUGCCUUUGAAUUCUGUAACCAGCAUUUGUGAUCCAGAAUAUGAGAAUGUGCGUCACUAUGAGGAAAUACCUGAGUAUGAGAACUUACCUUUUGCUAUGGGUGCUAGGAGAAAUCUCUGCUCUGAAUGGCAGAACUCUAGCAGCAUGGAAGACCAGAACACUGACUUCUAUGAAGUUGAGGAGCCUUGUGAAGCUACAAGAAGGCACUGGAGACUUGACAGGUCCUUAGAAGAACACCAUGAUCAUCCCAACGUGGUAAUGGGAGUUCUUCAGUCAGAUGAAGAAGAUAUCAUGAACAGUUCUGAUGAAGAUGAUGACACAAAUUCUGAUUCCAGCAAAGGGGAGAUUGAUCCUCAAGAAGAUAAACAGGGCAAGGCAGCUGGGAAAAAAACAAAGGUAUACCAUAUUGCCAAGGAGAUCAUGAGCUCAGAGAAAGUGUUUGUGGAUGUGCUAAAGCUCUUACACAUUGAUUUCCGGGAUGCUGUGGCACAUGCCUCUAGGCAACUUGGAAAGCCAGUGAUUGAGGACAGAAUCCUGAAUCAGAUCCUCUACUACCUACCUCAGCUCUACGAACUCAAUCGGGACCUCCUGAGGGAACUGGAAGAGCGAUUAUCUCACUGGCUUGAGCAUCAAAGAAUUGCUGAUAUAUUUGUUAAAAAGGGUCCCUACCUAAAGAUGUAUUCAACUUACAUCAAAGAAUUUGAUAAAAAUGUUGCAUUAUUAGAUGAACAGUGUAAGAAGAAUGCAGGAUUUGCAUCAGUAGUCAAAGACUUCGAGAUGAGCCCCCGCUGUGCUAGUCUGGCCCUCAAGCACUAUCUGCUUAAGCCAGUUCAGAGGAUUCCCCAAUACAGGCUCCUGUUGACAGAUUAUUUAAAGAAUCUUUUAGAAGAAUCUGCAGACUAUAGGGAUACUCAAGAUGCUUUAGCUGUUGUCAUAGAAGUUGCAAACCAUGCCAAUGACAUCAUGAAGCAGGGAGAUAACUUUCAGAAACUCAUGCAGAUCCAAUACAGUUUAAAUGGACACCAUGAGAUUGUACAGCCAGGAAGAGUUUUUUUGAAAGAGGGAACACUGAUGAAGUUAUCACGGAAGGUCAUGCAGCCAAGAAUGUUUUUUCUGUUUAAUGAUGCCCUGUUGUAUACUACUCCAGUUCAGUCAGGGAUGUAUAAACUCAACAACAUGCUGUCAUUGGCGGGAAUGAAGGUUAAGAAGCCAACCCAGGAAGCAUAUCAGAAUGAACUGAACAUUGAAAGCGUAGAGAGAUCCUUCAUUCUUUCAGCGAGUUCUGCUACAGAAAGAGAUGAGUGGUUAGAAGCUAUCUCCAAGUCGAUUGAAGAAUAUACAAAAAAGAGAAUCACAUUUAAUCCGAGCAAAAGUCUUGAAGAGGCAGAUCCAGAGAAACAGGAAGAAGAUAGUCCUCUGGGAUCAAAGGCUCCCAUCUGGAUCCCUGACACGAGAGCCACGAUGUGCAUGAUCUGUACGAGUGAAUUCACACUGACAUGGAGAAGGCACCACUGCAGGGCAUGCGGGAAGAUUGUCUGUCAAGCUUGUUCAUCAAACAAACAUGGCUUAGACUACAUGAAAAACCAGCCAGCCAGAGUAUGUGAUCAUUGCUUUAGGGAGCUACAAAAGCAAGAUAACCAGUGCACACCUAAGAGCGGAUCCCCAGUCAACCAUAAAUCUCCAUCAAGUGCCUUGUCUACAGUAUUACAAAGUAUUCCCUCUGGAAGAAAGCCAAAAAAAAUUCCAGCAGCCCUCAAAGAAGUUUCAGCAAAUACAGAAGACUCUACAAUGAGUGGCUACCUACACAGAUCUAAAGGCAGUAAGAAACCAUGGAAACACCUGUGGUUUGUUAUAAAAAAUAAGGUGCUAUACACAUAUGCUGCUAGUGAGGAUGUGGCAGCAUUAGAGAGCCAGCCUUUACUUGGAUUCACAGUCAGUGAAGUAAAAGGUGAAAACUCAGAGUCUAGAGUGUUCCAUUUACUGCACAAAAACACUUUAUUUUACAUAUUCAAGGCAGAUGAUCCCCAUUCAGCUCAAAAGUGGAUAGAAGCUUUUCAAGAAGGCACUGUAUUAUAGCAGUGUCAGCAUCGUGUCUGCAAGUUUAAAGGAAAAUAUCCAAGGAUGGUCAUUAAAAAGACUACAGCAACUGUUCAAAGAGAAAGAAUCCUGCUGUCGCAACCUACACAAAAUUGUAUAUUUGUCAGGAUUAGGAGUUGUUGCAUUUUUAGUGUAAAGUAAUAUUUUUCUAAAGAAUUGUAUGUAUUUCUGUGUUGAUACAAAAUGUGUUAUUUAUUAAAUUCCAAUGUUUACUUAAAUGGGCAGAAUUAUUUGUGCAUUGAAGUCCAAAGUGUCCCCAGAAUGGCAGAUUGUUGGUCAACAAAUUCAUAAACUUUAUGCUUUAUUAAAAAAAAAAAAACAAACCGCAAAACAGAUUUGUUGCAGUUGUACAUUUCCUCGUGGUUUGUGUAUAGGUUCUUGAGUUGCUGAUGUUCACUUUGCAAUUUAGCAAGAACAGAUUGGUAUAGAAAUUUCACGGAUUUGGGCUCUUUUUUGACUAUGUAAGCUCCUUUAUGAGAAAUUGUAUGAUAUUGAUGCUCCUUUCCUUGAAUGGCAGUUGAAAUCUUGCCUACAAGUACAUUAAAACUACAACAAAUUCUGUAUCACAAAAACAAAAUACAGUUCAAUUAUUAACAGACAGAAAAGGGAAAAAUAUUUAAAAAAAACAGUUUGCAAUUACAGGGAUAAGGCACUAGAGCUGUUAAAGUGCUACAGAUGCCAAAGAGACUAAAUGAGUUAUCUUCUAGCAAUUGCUUGAUAUAGUAUCUUUUUAUGUUUCCAGUAAUAAUUCAAAGCAGAGUAAAAAUACAUUUUUGAUAAUUCAAGACAAAAUAUCUUAUUUGUUUCAAAACUUCAUGUCAAAUGAGUUCUGUAUACAAUAUUAGACACUGUAUAAACUAUUGUUCAAAGAACAGUAAACAAAUAUGUGUACCCUCCUCUCUGAAAAUUUUAAAACUGUUGUAUAUUUAAAUAUUAUGUUUAAACUGGAAUUGCCACACCACGACAAGGGAGCUUUUUUAGUGCAGAAGGCAGUGAAAAUGCAUACCAUUUUUUGAAAUACCUUUUGUUUGCAAUAUUAUUUGUUCUGUUUGACACUUUAAAACAGAAUUCAGCUUUAGGUGUUUGGGUUUUGGUUUUUUUUUCUUCCUAAAGAAAAUCAUCGGUAUACCUCAUUAGGAAAUACUUAUUGAUGAUUCUGGUGCAUUUAUUCUAUUUAACUUUUAAAAAAUUUUAACACUGUAAUAGCAUAUAUGGAACUAGAACUAUGAAACCCACAUGAAAGGAAGUCAUUUUUAUGUCAAAUGUAAUGGAUAUGUAGUUGGCUAAUUUUACUGUGUGAAACACUUGGCAUAGUCCCCUGAAUCAAGCUAGUUGUGGUAACAAAAUUAAGAGCAAUUCACUUUUAAUUAAUAGUUUGACUUCUACUUUAACAGCUAUUCUGUGGCCUUACAGCAGAAAGAGAUGAUAGAACAUAGUUAAUAGUCAUCACAAAAAGGCCAAGAAUGAAAAUGCAAACCAAAAUUCUUUUAUUCCCUCGAUAUACCUCAAGGUCAGAUCCAAGAUACUAACAGAGUUCUGAAGAAGCUUAAUUUCCAAGAGCUUCUCUUAGCUCUUAGUGGGCUUGGAAGUCGAAUUCUUAAUAUUAACUAUCCAAGAAAUUUCAUUGACUUCCAGCAUUUCAGUAGAGUACCUUAUGAAUCAGGGACUUAGGGCUGUAGAUCUGACUUCCCUCAGGAAUGCUAGAGGUUUGACCAGAUAGUGUUGGAAAUGCUCAGUAGGAGUCUGAUCAAAGCCUUUAUUCUCUUUUAUUGUAAUACAGAUGUGCUAAAUGUGUACUUUCCUCUUGUUAUAUACAAAGGGCUUUUGCUUAAUUUUCAAAAACAACUGCUGACUGAAGCUAAGUAAUUACCAUGUCUCUUCAGGGUGAUUUCUGACAUGAUUUUUAAUGUAUCCAAAACAAAACUGGUAUCAAUAUAACAUAGAUGUGGUGUGUCUCUUUCAGUUUGUAGUAUCAAAGGGAAGAGCUGCUUCGUAUUUUCAUUGGGACUGCAGACCAACAAAGGUGGCAAGUCCUGAAGCAGCAAAUGAAUCAGAAAUUUGGCUAGGAGCAAGCUAAUUUAAUUUCAGUUUAUGCUUUGAUAUUUUCCCUGAUGCAAAACAGAGCAAUAGAAGUCAAAACACACACUGAAUAAAGUGCCCAAGUUCUGCUUCAUCUGGUGUCAAACUACCUCUAGAGGAUUUGGUGCAGUGGGAGAAAAGAGCUUAAAGUGUUCUGUGGAAAUCAGAGGACUUCUUCCAGAAGUGGUUGAUCAGUCAAAAAAUUUGUGAUAGAAACAGAUUGGAACAGAGCCUUAUAAACAGUAGUAUACAUAUUACAGUCUCAUUCUGUGUGGAAUAAAUUGUCUUUGUAAAUGUGUUUGAAUAUUUCUUUUCCUCUCUCCUGCAUUAGUGCUUUGUGUCAUAUGAAGAACCCACAACACAAGCAUUUUUGUAACAUUUGCAGAUGGUUGCUUUUCAAACUUGUCCUGUUUCUCCAGUUCACCUCCCAAUUUGAGACAUUACCAUCAAAAGUAAAAUAUUCACAUCUUGAUUUGGCUAAACACUAAAACAAGACCAGAAGUUUUUAGACACCUGGCUACCUCUUCUUCUAAGAAUCUAUAGUUUGUAAUCAAUUUAAGAUCGGUUAGUAGAGUAUGAGACAAACAUUAGCAUUGAAUAUUAGUUCUAACAUUUUUAUUCAUAGAUAAAUUAAAGCUUCUAGGAUCUUGAAUUCUCUUUAACUUAAAACUGUGUGCCCAAAGGACUUAAAGUGAGCAGCUGUGGAACACAUUUUACUAAAUAUUUUGUGCAUGGAAACUCAAUUACUCAACCAUGUUUAUUACAUCAUAAUGUAAAGAGAUGUCUGGAAAGAUACAUUCAGUGCAUUUGUUUGCUGUAACUGCUGUCCCCUAUUUACCAUCCAAAUAGGCUUUUAUUUGGAGCAGUCCUAAAUCAUACUGUCUAAAUGGAAGAAUAGAAUUUUUAUUUUGUAACUGAAAUCCGUUUAAAGUUGUAAAUAUUCCUGUGGAUGUUUGUUUUUGUAUAAAUAAAUUCACAUUAUUUGA